AACAAUCAUAGAGCAGCUGGAGAAGAAGGGAGGGAAGAAGAUUCUCUUGACCUUCCUUCCAUCAUCUCUCUCUGUAAUAAAUUUUUUAUUUUUAUGGUUUUCGAAGAACCAUCGAACAAUGAUUUUGACGUUCUUCUUCGUAAUCACGCGUUGAAAAUUUCCACCCUUUCAUAUAUGUUCUUCAUCUUCUUCGUUUUUCUCAUCCAUCUCUCAAAGUUCAAUCCUUUCAAGUUUCCCACUUUCCUGGAAUUUCGUCGCCAAUCUCUUUGAAAAUUUGUUUUUCUUUGCGUGGGAGAGAAGAUUUUGAUCAGGAAAAGUCAUGGGUAAUUGUUGCGGAACAGCAGGAUCAUUGGCUCAAAACGAUAACAAACCCAAAAAAGGAAGGAAGAAGCAAAACCCUUUCUCGAUUGAUUACGGUCUUCACCACGGUGGUGGAGAUGGAGGUGGAAGACCUCUUAAGCUUAUCGUCUUGAAUGAUCCAACAGGUCGUGAGAUCGAGUCCAAAUACACGUUGGGGAGAGAGUUAGGCCGUGGAGAAUUCGGUGUUACGUAUCUUUGUACUGAUAAAGAGACAGACGACGUUUUUGCUUGUAAAUCGAUUUUGAAGAAGAAGCUGAGGACAGCUGUCGAUAUUGAGGAUGUUAGGAGAGAAGUUGAGAUCAUGAGGCAUAUGCCUGAGCAUCCUAAUGUUGUUACUUUGAAGGAGACUUUUGAGGAUGAGCAUGCUGUGCAUUUGGUUAUGGAGCUUUGUGAAGGAGGUGAAUUGUUUGAUAGGAUUGUGGCUAGAGGGCAUUAUACCGAGAGAGCUGCUGCUGCUGUCACUAAGACCAUCAUGGAAGUUGUUCAGGUGUGUCACAAGCAUGGGGUAAUGCACAGGGACCUGAAACCUGAGAACUUCUUGUUUGGAAACAAGAAGGAGACUGCACCUCUCAAGGCCAUUGAUUUCGGUCUCUCUGUUUUCUUUAAACCAGGCGAGAGAUUUGACGAAAUCGUUGGUAGUCCGUACUACAUGGCUCCCGAGGUGCUAAAACGGAAUUAUGGUCCAGAAGUUGACAUUUGGAGUGCAGGUGUAAUUCUCUACAUACUGCUCUGUGGUGUCCCGCCUUUCUGGGCAGAAACUGAACAAGGAGUUGCACAAGCAAUUAUUCGAUCUGUACUAGACUUCAGAAGGGACCCAUGGCCCAAGGUUUCUGAAAACGCAAAAGACCUUAUCAGGAAAAUGCUUGAUCCUGACCAAAAGCGUCGUCUUACAGCUCAACAAGUCCUAGAUCAUCCCUGGUUACAGAAUGCAAAGACAGCUCCCAAUGUAUCAUUAGGUGAAACAGUGAGGGCAAGGUUGAAGCAGUUCACCGUCAUGAACAAGCUCAAGAAACGAGCACUCAGGGUUAUUGCUGAGCAUUUAUCAGAUGAAGAAGCUUCAGGUAUAAGAGAAGGGUUCCAAAUAAUGGACACAAGCCAAAGAGGGAAGAUUAACAUCGACGAGCUUAAAAUUGGGUUGCAGAAACUUGGUCAUGCCAUUCCCCAAGAUGAUUUACAAAUUCUGAUGGAUGCUGGAGAUAUCGAUAGAGAUGGAUAUUUGGACUGUGACGAGUUUAUUGCCAUAUCGGUACACCUAAGGAAAAUGGGCAAUGACGAGCAUCUCAAGAAAGCAUUUGCGUUCUUUGAUCAAAACAAUAACGGAUAUAUCGAAAUAGAUGAGUUAAGGGAAGCGUUGUCUGACGAACUUGGUACAAGCGAAGAAGUUGUUGAUGCCAUUAUUCGUGAUGUUGAUACCGAUAAGGAUGGAAGAAUAAGUUACGAAGAGUUUGUGACGAUGAUGAAAACAGGAACAGAUUGGAGAAAAGCUUCAAGGCAGUACUCGAGAGAACGGUUUAACAGUAUCAGUCUCAAACUGAUGCAAGAUGCGUCGUUGCAGGUUAAUGGUGAUACAAGAUGAGAGAGGCUGAAUCUGUGUAACUCAGCAUGGGAAGAUUGAAUCAAAGGGAUGCAAAUCUUUCUUCAUUUCUUUAUUUUUAUCUUUUUGGUUUUUCUUUUAAUGACACCACGAUUAAAGCUUUAGGCAUAUAAAGUUGCACAAGUUGUGUGUUUGAUUUCCUGGCUGAAGGAGCGACCGAGUACGGAUCAAGAGAGAACAAGAUUGUUGGCCUUUGGCUGUGUGUAGAUAUUUUGUAUAAUCAUAUGUGUAUAUCAUCAAUUUUUCUUGUGAUCAAUCUGUAAUUUUCUAUAAUCAUUCAAGAAUUAUAUGAGAGAUUGGACUCUU